GCCGGGCUGGUGGGUGGCUGUCCCCUCCUGCCCCUGCCCCGAGGGUGUCAGUCUGCAGGUGUUAGUCACUGGCUACAUGGGCACUGAGAAAUGCCAGCUGACCUUUGCAGGCCGAGAACCACCGCUCCCCCGGGGCGGGCCCUGCCUCUCCAGGGAAGCUCAGCAAGGCGUGUCCUCACCACCCUCCCUGGUGCCGGCAGCCGGGCUGGGUUCAGUCACUGGGACUCCUUCAGGGGGUGAGGAGCGCAGGUCGGGAGGCAGGAGCAUGGGCUGGGAGGGCCCCGGGCACCCGGGCCACCCGCGCGGGCACCUGCUGCCUCUGGCUGUGAGCUUCCUCCUCCUCGUCUGUGGGCCAGCUGAGACCAUGACCAGAACCUCCACUCCUGGAAGACAGAACAACCUGACUGUCACCUCGGCCUCCAGCCCUGAUAGCAGGGUGACAGCUGAUGCUCAAGUGUCCUUACCCCACCCAGGACACAACACCAGCACGGCUGCCCCUGGGGGCUCCAAGCACCCCACAGCACCCCUUCCCAGCAACCCAACAGCCACAGCACAGACCCAGGCAGGCUCAGUUCAGUCCACCAGUGAAGCCCGGCACACGCAGCAGGCAGAGACAAAUCCUAGAGUGGCAUCAAACGUCACGGAAACCGCUGUCAGCCCUUCUCCUGCUGUGGAUGUCCCUGAGCUCCCCACUCUGAAGAGCAGCCCCCCCCAAAGAACUUCACCCGGAGAAACCACGGAAGCGAGACGUGGCCCCAUCACCCAUCAGCAGAAUGUCCCCACUGGUAUCACGGUGACAGGAAGCGGCAGUGCGGGGAGCAGCUGGGCCAGGAUCAGACCCUCCCCAGAAAGCCCAGCCUCCUCUGAGACACCCACAGGUGUGAGUCCGAUGGCAAAAAGUGUCCCCGUCACCUCUGCAGCUGAGACAGGGACAGACACUAGUUCACGUACUCCAGGAGGGACACACUCGUCACCUGAGACCUCAUCUAGAGAGACUCCAGACGCCAGGGAACCGGCGAGCCCAGGACAGACUCUGUCCCACAUUGGACGUCCCUUGGCCUCCCCUGAGCCUGGUUCUGAGGGAGACACCACGCUGACCUCCCGUGUGCCUCUGCUGUCACUUCCUUCAGAUCUACGUGAUCAAGGGUCAGGCUCCAGCACAUUCUCAACGCAGAGACUUACCGCUCCCCUGAUCACAGGGACCCCUUUCCUCAUGACACCAAGAAAUACAGCAAGUCCUGGAAAAGUCACAAGUCGGACCUCUGCCCAGGCCCAUCCCUCUCCCUCGGGGGAAGGGACUGCGGGGACGCUGCCCGCCCUCAGCACCUCCCCGGAAGCCCCAGACUCAGCCAGGACUCUGGCUUUGGAGCUGUCAGGUGGCCCCACAGCCCUCAGCACCACCAGCGUCUCCAGAGUGAAACCUUCCCUUUCUCCAUCGCCCUCCUCUGCCUUGGAGACCCACACAGACUCAGCGGGCCCUGAGUUUCCUACAACUUCUUGGUCAUCUCGGACCUCCCCCUUUACUUCCGUGGCAGCGAGGUCACAGCCCCACACGAGCACACUUCAUUAUCCCACUGCCCUUCGCAACAGUGCCUGGCUGGAGACCAGUCCCAGCCUUGAGACAAAGUCCCCUCUGGCACCAAGUGCCAUUCCAGCCGCUGCCACUCCUCCUGCUGCGACGGGUGUGGCUCUAAGAUCAAGUGUCCUAAACACCGGCUCCAUGGGAGGGAGGUCUCCGAAGGAACCUUCAACGGCCAUGUUCCCAACACAGAACACGAGAGGCCCAGCCGCCGUUGGUGCCACAGCUUCCAGCAGGGUGCAACCCGCGAGGGGAGAUGGUGGCGACCGAAAGUUGGGAACUACCCAGCUUCUCCCUGGAACCCCAUCCCCACCUGAGACAUCCAUGUCCUCCUCACCUAGGAAGACCCCAGCCAGUACCAAUACGGGGAAGAGCCCCACCAUUGCCCCGGGUACGUCAGCCCCAUCAGUGGGGCCAAAAGAUGGUACAGUCUCUCCAUCCAGCCCCCUGCGGGCAUCAGCAGACUCCUCGAGCUUCAGCCUCGGAGCGCACACCCGUUCAGAGCGUCCCAGCGCAGUGGUGGAAACCGGCUCUGACCCACCCCUCACCUCCGCCUCCAGGAAGACCACCACGGCUGUAUCAAUAGCAAAAAUGGACACGAAGGAAACAUCUGACUCUUCUGGAUCACCCCCCGAGAUGUCCGUUCCCGGAAAGACCAGCCCCCGUGGUACCUCCUACGUCACCCCUCUGGGUCUCAGAGCGACACAAACAGCUCAUGUCACCUCCUCCCGCCCAGUGAAGGAGCUCAGAACUGUGGACACCUAUGUAAAAACAGAGUCUGCCAGCCCAGUGACUCACCCUGAAAACCCCCAAACCCCAAGGCCACCUGGUCCCACCCACCCAGCCACAAUAGCAGGGACCAGCACAGACACAGCUGAACGCUCCACUGCAUCCCAGGGCCCAGAUCUGGCAGAAAAGUCCCCUGGAUUCGGGACACAGUCAAUCCCAGGACCAGCGUCUGGAGUGGCCACUGCCUCCCCUACCUCCAGAAACAGCACCUGGGAACUGACCUCUGAUGCCGCAGGUGAGUCCUUGACCCCAACGACCAAUAAGGAGAACACAAUCACUUCUUGGCUGUGGGCUCUCACUACGUCUCUCCCUGUGGCCACGUGGCUAAGCACGAGCUCCACGGAGGAUACAGCCUCGACUGCACCUGACAUCUCAAGUCCAAGUUCAUCCGAGACGUUUACUACGUCUACACCUGUACCUUCCUAUGAACUUUCAAGUGUGGGGGUAGACAGCAGUGCUCUCCCAGAAAAGGAUUUGACCUCUGUGGGCCAGCCCCUGGGAGGGGGUACAGACAUGGCCUCCCAGCAGCUCACCGUGGGCCCAGAACCAAGUGCACCGACGUCAUUGAUCUAUCCAUCCCCCGAUAUCACAACCAGAGAUGUCACAACCUGGGGGACAAGAGGCAGCACCGGUGUGUCUAAAUCCAGACCUCCAGACCCCCCCAGCACAGAAGCUGGGCAGAGCGCAUCGCCACCCCUCCCCGCUACUCCGACAGAGCCCACCUCCCCAGCAGCACUCACCGCUUUGACAUCCGAGAAGGGAUUCACAGCUUCAGAGGCAGCAAGACCGGUCAGCUCCGUGUCUCAAGCUGAGACAAGCUCACCCCCACGGUGGUCUACUGAGGCUCAGCAUCUCACUGCCCGCUCUGUGGAAACCAGCAGAGGGGUGACUCGGACAUCUGGCCACGGAAAAGCCACAGCCGAACUGAGAACAAGUUUAGAUGUCAAAGGGAAUUCAUCUCUGUCUUUAACUCCAAGCACUCCUCGAAGGCAAAGCAGCCCCUGGUCAGAAUCUUCAGUGACCAUAAGCAGAUUGGGGCCAGGAUCCUCUUCUUCAGCCUCUGCUGUGUCCCCCGAGGUGACCACUGCAUUGGGCAUUUCCCCCACAAUGGGGGAAACCGCUUCCUCCUCGGUGUCUGUACUGCAGGGCACGAGAUCUUCCUCGUCUCCUCCAGGGGCCACAUCUUCCGUGGACACUGGGGAGGAUGCGGGGACAAGCUCUACCAUGUCACAGUCCAGCUCAUCCUCUGGAUGGGGGGUCAGUUCCUCUUACACAUCCCUUCCCGUUAGCAACAGCCCUGAUUCUUCUGAUCUGUCCCCCACAGCAGUGACCCGGGCCUCUCCCUUAGACCCCACAGUCUCAACUUGGGUCUCUUCUUCAGCAUUUACCAACAUUCUGGCACAGACCAGCCACCCCUCUGCCAAGACUAGAAACCCAGGGCUAGAGGACAGCAGCCUCGGAGUGGAGACUGACCUGGCCAGAACCUCAUCAGGACUCUUAACCUCUUCUGAAGCCGAGACAGAUCCCCCCCGGACAUCCACCUCUGUACCGUCAGGGGCCCCACUCCACAGAGGCACUGAUGGGAAUGUGGUGUCCAUUACUAACUUCCCCACAUAUGAAAGUUCCUCAUCGCUGAACACUGAUCCUUCAACAUCCAUGACCGUGGAUGACCCUACAGGGACUCAGGACUCUGUGACAACCCCCACUGGGGAGCUGAGUGAGGGAACAAAUGGAGCCACCACGUGGUCACUGGGUGACCCUACAUCUCUGGUGAAGAUCAUCAGACUGGUCACAGGCCUGUCCACCAGAAGCCCAGGAACAUCUGAGGAUAUCAUAAACCCAAGCUCCAGGGAGCCCAGCAGCAGCCACAAGACCAGAACCACUGUGGGAACUUCCUUUAGGGAGACUACAAAAGAGAUUGCCUCCACAGACGCUGUUGUGGGACCUGCCACCCUUCAAUCCCUGACCACAGGAAGUGGCAGCACCAGACUCCUUCACUUGCCCACACAAACUGUGGUGCCAGCAGACUGA